UUAAGAUCCAUUCUAAGCAAUUUAUUUUAUUAGUUCCUUAUUGUUAACAACAAAUCAUCUAAAGUAAAUUAUUUAUACCGUUGUGUAUUGAUACAAUUUCUAUGUUGACCCUGUUCAGAAUAAAUUGUUCAGUUAUGCUCUACAAUACUCAAAUGUUGUUUAUAACCUCAAAUGUUAACUUGUGAAUGUUAUAAGAAACGACGAUGGGUGAUUUGGUUCAGGCAUUUAAAUUGCUGAGUUGCGAGUUAAAACCAGAAACGAAAGUGUUCGAGGUAGAAAACCUUCGUGCUAUAGAAAUAUGCUUGGAAGCAAUAGGCAACAACUUUAAUUAUUCCUUGAAUGGAGUCCUUCGAGCACUGAAUGAUGAUAACCUGGUAGACAGCUGUAAGGUAAUCCAGUUGGCUUUGAGGAUAGCCCAAGAUGAUUCUAUUUUCAUUGAAUGUAUGGACAAUCUUGAAUUAUUACCACCAUUCUUGGAGUUAAAUGUCCUUAAUAUAUUAUUACUAGAUACAAGGAAUCAGCUGUUACUAACCCGGCUGCAGUACUUAAACAAGUAUUUAGACAAUGAUAAUAUAGAGAAAAAGGCUAAUAACUAUUUCAUAGGUGUAAUACUACCAAAAUUGUUAGAUAUCGGAGGAGAAGUUGUUGAGGAAUUGAUUUGGAGAAAUUUUACUUUUGAAACUGUAUGUCCUUCAGUUAAUACUUUCUUGAAUGAAAGGAUUUUAAAUAAAGAAGAGUUUUGGUUGAGAUUGCAGCCAGGCUUGAUGUCUCACAAUAAAGCAGCUAAUUACAUCUUUAAGACAGCAGUGAGAAAAUUGCAAACAGUUGAUGUGUCUCUGUGUGAAUUGGUUAAGAACUGUGAUUUUGAAGCUCUCGAAUGCUUGAUCAUUUUAUUAGAAAUAGUUGCAGAGAAACAGCUACAUUUGAUACAACCGUCUUUGGGAUUAUUGGAAAAAGUGACGAGUUUACAUAAGAGUUGGGUGAAGUUAAUUUUCGGUCUGUUCUUGAAUCAUGCUCAAAACAUUGUAGUUUACCACACGAUAAUGAUGACAUUGAAAUUUACGUCUGAUUUGAUGAACGAAGAGAUUUUGAACGCUUUGAACAGAUCGGAUUAUUCACCGCUUGCGAAGAAAACUUACAAGACAUUUGGGAUUUACAUUAGAAAUUUGGACAAAUCCGCAUUUGAAUUAAUUCUUGCCACUUCGUUAACAAUAAACUGGGUGCCAAUUGCGUUCACCACUGUUUACCGAGAGUUUCUGCACGAGGACACCGUAAUUCCAAUACAUUAUUUGCAUAGUUUGACUGUGAGAGCGAAAAGGCUACCACAUAAGAAUAUACGACGAGGUAUGAUACAACAGAUAUUCGAAAAGUUUAAGAAGAAUUUGAAUAGUUUCAGCGUCAUCGAUUUUAAAGAUAUUUUAAUAGAGUUUUUAAACGAUAAAGAAGUCGCAUGUUAUUUGCGCACUAUUUUAAAGUUUAAAUUGAGCCACGAGGAUCUGAGCGCAAUGACAAAGUGGCUUAAGGCCGACGUCCCGAAUGUCGACACUAUCAAUCUGAUAGUAGAGAUGGUGAAUCACUCGGUUAUUGAAAGGAUUUGGAUAGAAGAGAAUAUUGUAUAUCCGUUUCUGCAGAGAGAUUAUUGCACGCAGGUCUUGGAUCGGUUGACUCACGUAUACUGUAUUAAAACACACCAACUGGAAAAUUACCUCUUGUCGCGAUUGGAUUGCAUCGAGGUGGCUGAUAGUGUAUGUCACAUUGAUUCGUCUAGAGCUUUAGCCUUGAAAGCAAGCCAGAUACUACUGUCGGGGUCUUCAAGGAAGAAUCUCAGUUUAGCUUUCGACAUUUUAUUCUACCUGAGCGAAGACAAGUACAAAACAGUGUACGUAUACUGGAUGAACAGGAUCUUGGACAAUUCUAAAGUUGAUAGUAACUUAGCCUUAGGUUUCGUCAAUCUGUUAAUGAAGAUAAAAGAGGAAUACUUGACGAGAGCUGUUAAAUUCGAUAACGUUUUAAAGCUUUACGAAAUCUUCUUCGCGACGCAACCGCUUCAAGUCGUUAAGAAAAUCUUCAGAAACUUAGACAUCGUUUUCAAGAAUAUUAAAGCAUCUAAUAAAGAAUUUAUAGAGCUUUGCUUGCGGCAGCUCGUGCAAAUGAAGAGUUCAGAGUAUUUUGAAGACGCCGUUUGGAAUUUCGUGAGAAAUUUUGUCACUCAUCUGAGCACAAUGGAUACGGUAAUUUUGGAGUGCACCUUGUCUGGUUUAUAUGAACUCUGUAGGAAUUCCGAGGUCGUACUGUAUUACUGCAUGAUGUACCUGAAAGGAAAGAACAUCAACGAAAAGAUCUUCCCAAAACAUGAGUUUUUACUACACGGAGAUGUUCUUACCAAAGAUAAAAUGGCCGAAUACGAAAUUUACUCCCUUCAUUUUAGCCAUAGGAACCCAUACUUUCGCAGUGCUGAGAUACGCAAAUUCGCUUUGGAAGAUAUACUUAGCGAUGUCAAGGAUGAGCGAAUCAAUAGGGUAUCCGAAUAUUUACUAGAUAAUUACAAACUCAAUUUCGGGAAGCGGUAUUUUCCUCAAUCUCUGUUACAUUUACAAAAGUUGAGAAUCAUGCAGGCGUUCUCCUUCUUCCUGCCUUGUAUGUCUUUGGAAAUGAAGAACAGUUUGCGACAAAUGCUGGUGGACAGUUUUAAAGUGGAAAGUCAUCAACCUUCAGUGAAACAUAUAGUGCAAUACCUUUUAAUACAAUUGUUGGCCGAUAGCAGUCAAUUGCUGAUCGAUGCUAUUGAAAUCUCCAAUAAGAGCACUCCAAACACCGUCAGCGGUUUUAUUCCUAUACUUUAUGGAUUGGCAUUGAAUAAAAAAGACGUCGAUUUUAGCAUGACUUGCGUCGAAGCUAUGCUUCCGUGGACGAUGGGAGCCAAUUUCAAGUUACGUCUCUACUCGCAGCAUGCGAUUAUAAAGAUAUGCGAGAGGAACAUGAAAAACCGAAAGUUCAAACUCAAGUAUCAUUCACUUUCGAAGUCCAUCGAAACGGUCCUCAAUUCGACUACUCACGUGGAUAGCAGUUUGAUGAAAGACUUGAAAUUGGUGGAACACAUUUACGAAAUACAACCGAGUAUCUAUAAAAGAAAAUUGAUCGAGCUAAUUACAGUUAAUAUACCUGAAACCAAUGAAGUUGUACAAAGUGAAUACGAAUAUUUCAAGAUGACAUUUUGUUAUUUCCAAUACGUGGAAAGUUAUAAAAUGGAGGCAGAAAUGGAUGACCUGGACAUACUUCAAGAGAAAUUCGAGAAUAUUCAAAAGAAGAUAGUACCUUGGAGGGAAUUAGAAACGGGCGACGAUGGUAAUAAAACCGAGCUAAUUGUGGUAGCAAGUUUGGUGGAUAGUUUACCAAAUCUGGGUGGACUUUCGAGAACCUGCGAGAUUUUUGGUGUAAAAAAACUAGUGCUGGAGAAUCAAAAAGUCGCAGGUGAAAGGGAUUUCCAAAACCUGAGUAUGUCCAGCGAGAAAUGGCUGGAUAUCAUCGAAGUGAAACCCGUAGAUUUGCAGGAAUUUAUUUUGAAGAUGAAGACUGCUGGUUUCAAAGUUAUUGGGGCGGAGCAAACGGCCGACAGUGCUUGCUUGGGCAAUUAUCAAUACGACGACAAAACUGUAUUAGUUUUAGGUAACGAACGUAGCGGAAUUCCUCCCAAUUUAAUACCUCUGCUCGACGUUUGCGUGGAGAUUCCUCAGAAGGGAGUGGUUCGGUCUUUGAACGUGCACGUGGCCGGCGCAAUGUUCAUUUGGGAGUACGCCAGGCAACAAAUGAUAACCCACAUUAAGAGCUAAAUAAAUAUUAUUCUGAUUAACUUAUAACAAAGAAAACAAAUUUUAACUGUU